UUAUAAGAAAAUAAUGUAGGGAAUGGUAAUAGAGACAAUAUAUGCUUCGUCUUUAACAUCACCAUGCUCCUCUUGAAAACGAGACAAAACAAGAUCACUCUUGCUGCCGUUAUAAUUAUAAAAGCUAUUUGCAGAGUCCGGCUACCUCUUUUUCAGUGGGUAACAACAUGGUGCAUAUUGCUUUCUCGGACAAGAACAUGAGAAAAUAAUCUUUGUUAUGUUGCUACAUAUUCUAACAGUUUACGGCAAUUAUCUUCACACUGCAAUAUCAAUAGGUGGUAAUAAAAAUCCAUUGAAGCUUAUAUACACUCCCUUUUUAUACAUUCAUUAGUCGUCGACGAAGAUGUUUCACACAUUAAAAGAAUGCGCACUUUGAUUUUACAAUACCUUUACACAUUUUCAAAGGUAUGUAACAAGAAAACAUAUUUUUAUUGUCACCUAGGAGACAUUAAUACUUGCUUUUCAAACAUGCAUUUGUUAUAAAACCGUUACCUAUUUCAUUUUUAUAUCAGAUGUGCUAAACAUACAAAUAAAUCAAACAGAAAUCGGAAUUGACAGCAACUGAUUAAAAGAGAAUAACAGCGAUCGUUCCUUUAAUAGGGCAACAGGUGCGAAAGAUUUGGUACAGUGUCCUCGUCCACCCAAAAUCCCUCGCCAGAUUGCGUUUUCCCAUCACCUAAAUGUCAACAAUUUGUAUCAAAUAUAUCUUAAUCCUUCAAUCACUGAGCAUACAUCGUUCCUGUGUUGUAGGAUUUUUAUUCGUUCACAAUUUUAAGUUGAUCUAUUCCUGGCGCCUUUAAAUCAUCAGGUGGUUGACAAGAUGAGGAGAGUUCUAAGCCUCUUCCUACUAGGAGGACUGCUGGUUGCAGUUCACGCUCUACCACAGGCUAAACUCCGAGCCAAACGAGGCUUCACAUUUAAUCUGAAAGACAUGUUCAAUAAAAAGCGAGCAGAGAUCCAAAAUAAUGCAGACGGUGCGAACAAAUCACCACCAGCCCAGGAACCCAAGUCUAACAUCUUCGAGCUAGCUCCACCUGCUCCUCCUCCAUCGCCACCAGCUCCCCCUAUCCAAGAUGUUGAGGAGUCGUGGUGCGCUCCUGAGUGGUAUCAUGCUCAAAUUGCAUCCGUGUGCAUCAAGAUCUUUGAGGGCGAACAAGUCACUCUUGAGGAGGCUAAAGGGAAGUGCAAGCAAUUGCCGAAUUACAAGGGCGAAUCUGCUUCGCUCCUGGAAGUAUCGGCUGGGAAACCGAAUGCUGUAAACCAAUAUAUCAAGAACUACAGCGGCGGUGUAGGAAAUUUGUGGAUUACGACACAAUAUGACUCAGGUGACUACGUGAUCAACAAAUCAACUGGAGAAGCAGCCAUGGAGAGCUCUAGUAUGAAGCACGGCUACGUGUGCGGAGCAGCACCCGGCAGAGGCAGGAGGAUCCGCAAGAAGUAAAGAUGUCUUCCCAAACAACGGUUGUCCAGAGAGCUGCCAUUGUCGAUUCAUAUUCUUCUUUACUAUCUUGGGCUAGUCCAUGAUAGGUGUUCAUCA